AUGACCAGAGCUGAAAACAUAGAGCUGGCGACCUCAUCGUCCGGCACCUCGACGCCGUCGAACGGCGGACCCGAGAAAAGCGGUGCGCACACCGACCACGUCGACCUCGCAGGCGCCAAUGCGCAGCGGCUGGAAAGUCACGUGCACUCGGUCAUGGUCGACGGCGACCUCGUGCAUCUCGGAGACCGGACCUACCGCCGCAGCGAGCUCACCAACGCGUUUGCCGGUGACCUGAACCCGGGAAUCCACAUGCGAGCGCCCGUGGCGCUCGCAAACCCGGUUCCGCUCGGGCUCGCGUCGUUUUCGUACUCGUGUUUGCUGCUGUCGCUGCUGAACGCUAACGUGCGCGGCGUGACCAACAACCAGAUAGUCGUGGGCGCCGGGCUAUUUUUCGGCGGUGCGAUCGAGCUGUGCGCGGGGCUUCUGUGCUUCGCUACCGGCAAUACGUACGCAAUGACCGUUUUCGGCGCUUUCGGCGGGUUCUGGAUCAGCUAUGCGGCCAUACUGCUGGACCAGUUUGGCAUAAUGUCCGCGUACAAGGACGACCCGGCGAUGUUGAACAACGCGCUGGGGUUCUAUCUCACGGGCUGGACCGUGUUUACGUUUCUGAUGUUCAUGUGCACGCUCAAGAGUACGUGGGGCCUCUUUCUGCUGUUUUUCUUUCUGCAAUUCACGUUCCUGCUGCUCACCAUAGGCUACUUCAUCGAUAACGUGCACGUCAAGCAGGCAGGCGGAUAUUUUGGCAUUCUGAGCGCGGUGUGUGGGUUUUACUCCCUUUACAGCGGUGUCGCCGACAGCAGCAACAGCUAUUUCCCAGUACGCGCCUACUACAUGCCAAACGCACCCACGGUCUGA